UUUCUCACUCUUCUCCUCCCUCAAUCAUGCUCUGAUCUCUCUACUCUCAUCGCUAUGGCUAUGGCCAAGAAGAAGACGUGGUUCACCUUUCUCAAGAGGCUCUUCGUCUCUGAAUCACAUAAGAAGGAUCGCAAGCGGCAGCAGCAGCAGCGAUGGGCAUUCCGACUACUAAAGAUGAAGGAGCUGUCCACGGCUAAGGACCGGCUGCAAUGGGAAACAGCAGAACCAACUAAAGAUGCUGUGGCUGCUUCUCCAAUACCAGCAGCCACAGCCUCGCGGAUUGAGGAUUCCCACAAGGCUAGGCAUCGAGCAUGCAAUAGAAGCAACAGCCAGCAUCUCUGGAAUUUGGCUGCCAUCAAAAUUCAAGCAGCUUUCCGUGGCUUUCUAGCGAGGAAGGCACUGCGGGCAUUGAAAGGAGUAGUGAAGCUGCAAGCGCUGAUCCGCGGCUGGGCAGUGCGGCAGCAGGCAAUAAACACCCUCAAGUGUCUGCAAUCAAUUGUCAACAUUCAGACAGAAGUUUGCUCAAAGAGAAGUGAAAGAAUCAGAGACAAAUCACAUGAUCUUAGAGAAAAGGACAUCAAGAUGGAUUUAAACAGCCAAAAAAGGUGGGAUGAUAGUACACUUACAAAGGAGGAGGCGAAGGCUCAUUUCAUGACUAAAAGAGAGGCUUCCAUAAAGAGGGAAAGGAUCAGAGAAUACUAUUUGAGCCAUAGGAGAUCAGCAGAAACUGAACGCGACAGAGCAUAUGGUAGACGGCGAUAUUGGUUAGAGCAGUGGGUCGACGCCCAGCUGGAGAAAGGCAGCAAGCUGAGGAACCUGGACAGAACAUUGUCAGCCAAUUCAAGUAUCGGCAGAGAAGAAUCACAUGGCGGCAGAAAAUUACCGAACUUAAGACCCCUGCAAAAGCACUGUCAAGCAGAGAUGUCGGAUUCUCCUGGCUAUAAUAUCCCGAGAAGAGUGUACCAUCACAGGAAGCAGCGGUCCAUAGGCGAGGAGGGGUUGUUCGCCACGGGCUCUGGCUCGCCAGCAAUUCCUGCAUACAUGGCUGCCACCGAGUCUGCCAGAGCGAAAACUAGAUCGUUGAGCUCGCCUAGGCUGAGACCACUUACCUUCGAUGUCUGCUCAGAGAUUGCCUCCCCUUACAAGCAUAAGCUGUCCCCUAUAUCUUCGAUCAAUAGCGAGCUCACAAGCAGCAGUUGGGUUGGGAAUCAUGUAAACUUGUCCACGCAAAGAUCUCCACGCCUGAAAAGUAUGCCGGGUCCUAUAAAAUCAACCAUGAGCACCAAGGAACUUCGACUCCGAGGGAUGUGCUACCAAAAUGGAAGCCAUGCAAAUCCUGCAGGGAAAUGA